GGAGUUUUAUUUAUGGUCAGCGCACUCCCGACGCCCGAGCUAUCGUUUGCUUCACACUGACAUCAUAGCGGAUUACAAUGUCAAAUAUUUUGGAAGCAGCACUAGCCUCCGGUUUUACACCCCGUGAGAGAGAUUCGUCGUUUAUAUUCCAGUCAUUUGUAAUAUAAAGUUGCAAUAUUUUUCGCAUGAAACAUUUUUGGGGGAUGGAAUGAUGCAUUCAAGUUAAGGUUCCACAACGUUUGCAGCCUGACCCCGAGCCUGACCCCUGUCUCCCCUGUCUACAGGUCUAUGUAACAGAGAGUGGGUCAGGUCAGGGAUGCUGCAGCGUCGGAGGGAAUCUGACUCUCAUGGCCUGUUUUCAUCUGGAGAGACCUCCGACAAUGACUGUGAGAUGGGGGCAAGUUGUGGAGAAGUUGGCGUAGUGUGUUUGUGUGAGACUGGACCCUGCACACUAUACUCUGAAGCACAUACACAGACGCCGCACACACUGAAAUGUGAACACUGUGGGAAAAACAGGGUAGUGAUAACCAGGUACUCAGAGGGAUAUGGCACAGAGGAAGAGUGUGCACUGUCGGAUCCUCAGGGUGACAGCGAUGCAGACGCUGACAUCGAGGACACAGAUUGCAGACUACAGGAGCCAGGUUCUCUCCAGCGAAUCAGUUCGCGGAGACGGAAGCGACCACGAAUAGCACGGCAGGACACGACGGAGAGUGAGGACGAUGGGGGGAGGAGUCACAGGAGUCACCGCUGGAACCUCAGACUCAGUCCCCACCGGGCUCACAACAGAACCUUACUAGAGGAGAGUGUAUCACAGGUCAGACCGUUAGUGAUCUGUCGGCCCAGUGUCAGAGGAGACGGUCAGGGGCCUCCAGCCGAAGGGCCCAGAACUGGCCCAAAAUGGCUCUGGUUCCUGUGGCCCUCGUCUCUCUCCCUGCCUGUCGUUCUCCUCCUCUCCAUCCCCCUCUCUCUCUCCUUAGUCCUCAUCAUCAUAUCUUUCCUGAUGCCUCGGGCCAGUACUUGACCACACUUCUCUGUUUUAUUAAUUCAUUGUAAUAUUUUUCAUUGAGUAAUAUAAUUAUGCUUUAAUCA